AUGGCGGGCUACAAGUGCGUAAACUUUGCCGACCUGUGCCGCCUGUGCGCGAGCAGCGGCGGUGCGCGGCUGGGAAUCUUCACCGACGAGGGCCGCAGAAAGAAGGUCCACAACAAAAUCUCCGAAUCGCUGCGAAUAAGUAUACAAGAAUCGGAUAGAUUGCCAAAGUCUGUCUGCAACGGGUGCCUGCGGCAGGUGGAGGCCCAGGUCGAGUUCCGGGAGGCGGUCGUGCGGGCACAGAGCAUGCUUGAGAGCUGUCUAAACUCCCCGAAGCUAAAGAACGGUGGCAAGGUGUACAUCAAGGAUGAAAAGCCGAAGGAACCGGCUCCCGUUAUCAGUGCGCCUCCGAGCAUCCCGCAAAUCGUGACCUCCCUGCCGGUGACGAACCCUGCAGCGAAGCCGGUCCCGAUGAAGCUGUCUAUGGUUGGGCAGAAAACCGUCCAAGCGCAGCCGGGCACUCAAAUAGUGAUCAACAACAACCUUCCGAAGGUGACGACCAAUGGGCCGGUAGUGGUCAGCAGCAGUAGCAACGUUGGGCCGAGCGUAACAAUUCCGACAACGGCCACCAUCAUGGCACCGGGCAACAACUUUCUCAGCAGCAUCAUGCAGGCGGUCGGUAUAACGACGGAUGAAUCAAACCGAGUGACCACGCUAUCCGGUGGACAGCAACAGCAGCAGCACAUUAUUGCGCAACCACAGCUCGUUCUCCAGCAGCAGCCGCAGCAGCAGCAGCAGCAGCAGCAGCAUCAUCCACAGCAACAGAAUCCCCUUGCGCAGUACACGAUAACGCUCGAUGGACAGACGACCCUCAAGGCGAACAACGUCCACUACAAACUGCAAAACGGAACGCUGGUUCCGACGACACCGAUCGUUAACCAAAAGCUGGAGCAACAGACGCAACAAACGACAUUCACGCAGGUAGACGAGUUUAUUAAAAUCAAAGCCGCGACUGGAAAACCGCAGAAACGAGAAUCUCAGCAGCUAGUCACGGUAAUGGGACAGUCCGAAACCACUCCCGUAAAGAAGCCGCGAAUUAUUCAGUUUAUUAAGCCACCCGCGAACCAAACGCCACCGAAGGCAACACUGCCCCUUGGCAGCAGCCCCGCAGUCUCACCGAUCGUUUCGAGUGGUUCGAUAGUGUGUGCCACCAGCACCGGUGGCGGCCCCAUUACCAGUACGCCACUGAACGGGGGUCAGCUCAAACUGGUGGCCACCGGGAACAACAAGUGUCUGGUGCCGAUCGUGGUGAAAAAUGACACGUCAGGAGAGAACCCAUCCGUCGGAACGGGGACGAUCUCAAGCGUUCCCGCGAAUGCCGCCGUGCAGUUCGUACAGAUGAAGGUAGAGGCUGGCCCGGACGGUGUUUUGCGGCUGGCACCGGCACACAUUAAUCCGCAGCUUACGAUCACUCCGCAACCGAUGCCGGCACAGUACGGCAUGCAGACGACGCUGACUGCGACGGGACAAUCGCUACAACCGACGAUGACAAUCGUCCAAAACCAAAACCAACCAUCACAGCAACCAUUGCCGACCGUGCUUCAGGCGACAACAGCGGCUGGCCAAACGAUAGGCGCCAACUAUGUUACACUGAUGGGCAAACCUUCGCCGGCGCCUCAAACGCAACCCGAUGCCAAUGUGCUGCAACCGACCAACGUUGUCCUGACGGCACAGGCAGCCCCACCACAGGCCCAGCAACAGCAGCAAAUGCAGGUGCAGCCACAGCAGCACCGUUCGCAGCCACCCAGAACGAUCUCGACGACAAGCUACGCUCCUGCGGCAAGUGCUAGCGGGAAAGUAGUGGUUAAUCGCGUUUUUACGGCGCCACCGGUGCGUAAAGGAAUCGCAGCCCCCGCACCACGAGCGAGCGCUCCAAGACAGGCGCCCGCGACCGCUGCGAAGGCAACACAACCCACGGCAUCGUUGCCUCGAAGCAGCAAGCCCCCAACGGCACAGGUUAAUCGCUCUACGGUCGCUACGGCACAAACCAUACGGGAAGUGACGGUCGCGAAAGGUCACACGCAGACGAGAACGUCGAAUGCCAGUUCGGUCGACAGUGACAGUGGCACCGAGGGGGCGGCGGGUGCUGAUGAGGAAAGCGCUUUCCGCACUCCCCAGUCAAUUAUGGCAUCGCAGCAGAUGACUGCCAUUUCGGCCAUGUCCGGCAAGCAGGAUCAGGCGGAACAGGUGCUCGAUUCGGUCGACGUAAGCAUCACGACGUGCGACGUUUGCCAUAAGGUGUUUGGCCGCAAGGAACAUUUGGUGCAGCACCUGAAGUCGCACAUCGGGUUGCGGCCGUUCAAAUGCGAAGCGUCCGACUGUCUGAAGAGCUUUAGCCGCAAAGAGCAUCUGUUGCGCCACAUGGUGUCACACACCGGGAAGAAGAUGUUCAACUGCGAUAUGUGCCACAAGCUGUUCUCCCGGAAGGACAACCUCAACAAGCACAAGAAAACUCACAUGGACCAGAAGUCAGCGCCGUUCACGUGUUCCAUCUGCAGUAUGGACUUCUUUGUGAAGACCCAAUAUGUGAAGCACAAAGCGAAACAUGCAGAAGAUCCGCUGAAGAUUUCAGUGAAAAAGGAUCCCCCUACACCGACUAAGGCGCCGGCAUCCAAAGCGAUGGCACCCGUCACGGUGAACACGGUAACGCAGCCGGUUCAGGUGAAAGUAUCCCAACCGCUACCGAACAAUGCUGCCAUUACGUCGAUCGCCACAGGCCAGCCGACGGUUGUGCAGUCGUUGCCGGUCACCAUCACGCACACACCCAACAACGGGGCCACCAUCCAGCUGCCAACGUUCCAGGCGACGCAGCAAAUGCAGCAGCUCAUCCAGCAACAACCGACGACCGCAUCAGUGACCACCAUUCCGCAGGCGACCGGGCAACCGCAACAAAUUUUCACCAUUCCCGCGCACAUUAACGGGAAACAAAUUCUGCAGCACCUUCAAAUCGCGCUCCCGAGCAGUAUCGCCCAGCAGCAGCACACGGUUCAGACCCAAUCGUCGACUGUACAAACGCUCACGGCGACCGCUGGCGGAGGUGUGACCACACUGGCCAGUCUGGGUGGUGCCCGUGCCACGAUCAUCAACACCGUCGAUGGCAACACAAUGUUUACGAUACCGUCGAACUUGCUGUUCGAUUCGUCGCAGCUGAUCGCGACCAGCCGUCAAUCGUAG